GCCAUAUUUCAAUAAUUUUACAUCUACAUGCCAUGUUUGCUUUUGAUAUUAUAAUGAGAAAGAUGUGUACAUGUACAUUGGAAUAUGAAAGCAUUUGCAAGUUUGGGUGUUAUGAGAAAGAGUGUUUGCAGUUGUUCACAUCAUAGCAUUCAUAUCAUUAAAAACUGGACCAGAAUGACUGUUUGAAAAUGCUUGAAGUUGUUCACAUUGGAAACAAGGGAAGAAAAUGCUAUUAAUUAUUGUCAGAUUAUUUUGCCAGUUUCUGGUUGUUUUAAUGUGUCAGUGACAAUAGUGAUGGCUACAUGGGAAUUUCAGAUGGUUUCGGAUUAGUUUCUGCACUUGGUGCACAUUAAGUCUCUUUUCAUGUGUUAUUACUUCUUAUAUUUAAUAAGGAUGUAAAGCAUUGUCUAACAGUAAAUGCCCUAGCACUUUGACUCGCAUAAAAACAAUACUGUACAUGCACUGUUGCUCAAUGUGAUACAUACUUAAACAUUAUGAUUGCAUACUACAUGGCAAUAAUUGUGUUAAAUUAUAUUGAACCAAUUUAUCAUGAUUACAUAGUAGUAAUCAAAUUUAUUAAGGUUGCUCAUAAUUAAAUGUUGAUAAUGAUUGAUGUGCUGUGUGUGUUUUACCAUCCUCACUUGUAACAUAUCUGCCUUGGAGGAAAACACGAUUUUCAUAGAUUACAUGCGGAUAAAUUGUAGGAUAGCUGUGGGAAGUAUAUUUACCUUGCAGAAGUAAUGGGUUAAUUUGUUGUAAAUAAGAUAAGAGAAGUUGGUAUAAGUAUUUUACAUACAGGCGUUAAAUAAUGAAUGUAAAUGUGGAUGAUACAGGAAUAAGAUGAUUAAAAAAAAUACCAAAAUUGUUAUGUGCACAUAAAAAUAGUUUAGAAAGUUUAAACAAUUGUAGUAUGUUUGGAAUUUUGUAUAAUCAGUGUUUGAAUAAGAGAAAUUAAUGUCAUUUGGGAAUUUAUGUUCGGGAGCAAAAUGAAAACGAUAAACAAAAAUUCAUGUGAUCAUCAAGGAGUUUUAUGCUGUUGGUUUGUGCAAGAUUGGUGAAUACUAUUAUUUAUAAAUGAGUUUUGUGUUGUUCAGUGUGUGCAUUAAACAGUAAUGUCUCUAUCAAAGAAAGGCGCAAUAUCUUGGAUACGUUUAUCAAAAGCACUGGGUCGUAGAGAGGAGAUGAAGCCCCAUGAUCGGUUGUCCCACUCGGUGGCUGACAUUGAGAGACUCUUUCAGACUGUGUGCUAUGAGCAGCAACAGUGGAACACCAAGAGAGAUCAAGAACGACAGGGAGUGGCACCCUCGGGUUCCCCAGGCUCAGGUCUCAAACCCAGUCUGAGUCCAGAUGGGUGGAGCAAGGGCCAGUCGAGCACACUGUCAGGCCGCCAGAAGUCCAAUCGGCGCAACCCUCUCAGUCUUUCACAUGAGUCGCUGGUGAUUCUGGACCAGGACUUCACCCCAUCCAAGCUGACCUCAGCCAGCAGUGUGAACAGCAUUGUGAGUCACGUUGCCAAGGAGACGGAGCAGCAGGAGGUGGGGCGAGUUGCAAGCUGGGCCGUCAACUUUGACAAGCUCCUCAAUGACCACGUCGGCAUCGCCGUGUUCAAGGAAUUUUUGAAGAAAGAGUUCAGUGAGGAAAACAUAGAGUUCUGGCAGACCUGUGAAGACUUCAAAAACAUUGCAGAUGCCAGCUUUAGGACGGUGAAGGCCAAGGAGAUCUAUGGGAAGCAUGUUGCCAUGCACAGCCCAGACCCCGUGAAUAUUGACAGUGUACUACGCAGGGAGAUUGAGUCACGCUUGGAGAAACCCUCUCACCAGCUGUUUAACGCUGCCCAGUUACAUAUCUACCAGCUGAUGAAGCAGGACAGCUAUGGCCGGUUCCUCAAGUCUGACCUCUACAAGUCCUACGUGAUGACGGAGAUGGAGGGGCGUCCCCUGCAGGUGCCCGGCCCUGCCCCCGACCCACUGGACAGGGGCCAGGAGGACAAAAAGAAGGGCCACAAGGGAAGCAAGGAGAAUGAGGAGAGCAAGGAGAAACGGAGGCACUCACUGCUGCCAUGGAGCAGACUCAGUAAGCUCAUAGAAUCCAAAAAGACAUCCAAGGGAGACAAUGAGACCAAGACUCAGAAAUCCUCAAAAGAAACCAAAGAUGCCAAUAUGAAUAACCUCCCUUUGACCAGCAAUGCCCCUACCACUAUAGAAACAGUGGCUAGUAAGCGGGACCAAGCUCAAAUAGAGUUGCCUGACACAAUAGAAGAGGAGCCGGAGCAGCCUCGGUUCUGUCGGGUCAUCAUGCCAGACGGUUCCACCACUGUAGUAGGCACCAAGCAGGGGCAGACAAUCAGCUACAUCCUGGGCAAACUGUGUGAAAAACGUGGCCUCUCUAUUGCCAGCGUGGAUGUGUUCUUGUUAGGCUCUGAUAAGCCGUUAAACCUCACUGAAGAUAUCUCCUUGUUGGGUUCCAAAGAAGUAACCAUAGAGAAGCGAGUGUUGUUUAGAAUGGACCUCCCAAACAAGAAGUGUAUAGGAGUCAAGGCCAAACCUAACCGCCUGAUCAAGGAUGUAUUCAAACCAAUCCUGAACAAAUAUGGCUACAGAAUGGAAACCAUAGAUAUUCACUUGAAUGGCCAGUCGGAUUCCUUGUGCUUAGACAAUCUCGUAUCAACAAUUGACAGUCAGCGUGUAAUAGUACUAGCACAGGCGCCUGAACAGGGCGCCCAGCGGUGUGCAGAAACUAAGCUGCAUGUGACCUUCAAACGACCUCCACAACCUAAUAAAUUUACUAGCAAACUUGGUUUCCAUGGUUACUCAACUAACAACAACAACAACCCGCUCUUUAAUAACCACAACCAGGACACCAGUGGUCCAACAAGUCUAGAUGACAUAACUAACAAUAUCUUUGACCGACUGAUGCAAGAUAAAAGUGAUCAGUUACUGGCAAAUUAUUUUGACGACCUUGGAAUUUUAGAUUUUGAUAAUAAGUCUCCAAAGGUAGUGAUAGCAGAGUUGGGUCCAGGCUCAGUCUCAGCCCGCCUGCAAGACGUUGGGGAGCAGGUCAAGGGAACGGUACGGGAGCAGGUCAAGGGAACGGUACGGGAAGUCCCAGCCCGCCUGCAAGACGUUGGGGAGCAGGUCAAGGGAACGGUACAGGGUCCAGGCUCAGUCCCAGCCCGCCUGCAAGACGUUGGGGAGCAGGUCAAGGGAACGGUACGGGAGCAGGUCAAGGGAACGGUACGGGAAAAUUGGAAGAAGGCUCGGGAGAAACUCUCAGUGAAAAAUACACACCAACGCCAACCUAGUUCAAGUGGUAUGUGUGAGAGCUGUGGUAUUGACGCUGCUGCUCUGAGUCAGACACCAAAGCGAGUCCCGGAUGGGAAUGUUCACGCCCCACAUGGGCUCCUCUCACCGACAUUAGAGCCCCAAGAACUCCUACGCACCAUCAUGGAUGAUCUCACCUUGAAGGCAAGUCGCGAGAAGACAGUCUCCCCCUCCACCAGGGAUGGUAACCACAAGAAGAGCUCUUCGAGGGAUUUAAUGUCCGAAAUUGAUGAUUACAUUGAGAGUAUUAAUGAAAACUUUGCUGCUUAUACUAGAGAUAAUGUCAAAACACCUAAGAAAAAUGAGGCUAAAGCUGUUGUGGGAACACCAAAGUCAGCCAUCAAGUCUACAGAUAAAAGCUCAAGUCUGGAUGAAGCAGACAGUUUUUUUGGUAGUUUCCCGGAGGAAGGUGAUUUUUCUGACCCUCAAAUGACGGAGAAGAGCUUAAAAGAUAUUGGCUUCAGCAACAGUCAUAAUAAAUACCUGUCGAAGUCACGCAACUUUGUAAAUCAGCGAACUAAAGCUCAAUCUGUUAAACCCGAAAGUGUUCAUAUGUCAAGUGACAUUUCUGACUGGUUUUCAACUGUACCCCAGGCAUUCAACCAGUCAUUUUUAUUUGACAGUCCCCAGUCAAGUCCAUAUAGCAGCGACUCGUCUCUGGACAGAGAAAACAAGAGCAGACGUGUGUCGAGACCGCGCACCAACGUACCAGGGCAUUCACGGCACACACAGCUCCACAGUCCAGUGACUGGUUCCUCUGAAGACAGCUUUCUGUCCACAGUGGACACAGAUGGCCACGCUCUUCAUCACUCUACACCCACCCCCCUGUCUAAAUCAAUGGUCUCUUCCUCUGCUAUGUCAUCAACCAUGCUGGAUAGUUCUUUAGAUGUGAGGAACUCCAUCUUGGGGUUUUCUCAUACAGAUGAAGUGACUUUUGUCUAAAAUUGUGGACUGUCUCUACAUAACUUUUAAGCAAAAUAUUUAAUAUGAUGUUUAAAACAUAAACCUUUAAAUAUACAACUUAUCAAGUAUAUAUAUUCUCAGCUAUUUAAGGUACUUGUUUCCAGUUUGUAGAACUGUCAAUGUUUCCAUUCUUUGUCACACAUCAAAAAAAUAAAAGAACACCUUUAAUCAGAGUGUCCAAUAACACUGAUCACUUAGACUAAUGCAGAAAAUUCAGCUUCGUUUAUGAAUGAUAAUCAUUUGAAAUUGAUAAAAUCAUCAGGCAUUACCGACACAAAAUGAUUUGGAAUGAUAAUGUUGUUUUUGUUAAAUUGUGUUAUUAAGUGAGGUAUAAAAUGUCUGUAACAAUAGAACAGUUUGGAUGACUGAUUGGUUUAGUCAAUAACCUUUUAAUGCCAAAGACACUGGUUUAAGCCACGCUAGAGACUGUUUCCUCCUUUUUUAGCUCACCUGAGCACAAUGUGCUCAUGGUGAGCUUUUGUGAUUGCCUUUUGUCCGUCGUACAGCGUCAACAUUUGCCUUGUAAACACACUAGAGGUCACUUUUAUUGUCCGAUCUUCAUGCAAUUUGGUCAGAAGAUUCCAAUUUGGUUUCAGUUGGUUGAAAAACAUGGCUGCCAGGGGGCAGGGCAUUUUUCCUUUAUAUGGCCUUAGUAAAACCUUGUUUACACUCUAGAGGCAACAUUUAUUGUCUGAUCGUCAUGAAAUUUGGUCAGAAGAUUUGUACCAAUGAUAUCUCGGACGAAUUCCAAAAUGGUUCCGGUUGGUUGAAAACAUGGUCGCCAGUAAACCCUUGUUAACACUCUAGAGGCCAUAUUUAUUGUCCAAUCAUCAUGAAAUAUGGUCAGAAGAUCCCCCCCCCCCCCCCCCCCCCUGUUGCUUGUAAAACAUGGCUGCCAGGGGGCGGGGCAUUUUUCCUAAUAUGGCUAUAUAGGCUUUAGUAUUAUCUAAAACUUUGAAGAGUAUGGGCGGGUAUAUAGAAAAAAGGCUUAAUGCAUGUGCAUAAAGUUUUGUCCAAGAUUAGUCUGUGCAGGUGGUCAAGAAAUGAUUUUCAUUUAGCGGGAACUUUCUUUAAACAGUAAAAUUUCCAGGAAAGAGGAAAGUGUUGUGCGGACUGCACAGGCUAAUCUGGCAUGAUACUAUACGCAUAUGAAUUAACCCCUGUUUUCACAAAAAAACAGUCCAUAAACAUGUCUUUUUUUCUGUAAUGGUUUUUAUGAAUUUUAAAAUCACUUAUUUCUUUACUCAUAGAAAAAACUGGAAGUUUUAUGUUGCUGUCAUAGCUUGCAUUAAAACACAUAUUAACUAGCAUAACACUUCCUAAAAUAUGUACUCACCCAGUAAGCAAUAACACAUUGAACCUUUGUAUAACAGGGUACAUAUGCCUACCGGUACAUUGUAUUUUAAUAUUCAAAGAGUAGGUUUUAUUUAUUUUUUUCAGUUUUUAUUACUUGAUUAUGUUUCUUUUGCACUUUUGUACUAUUUGUAUUGAUCUUUGUUAUGUUUUACAUAAUUUGCGAUAUUUUUAGUUCAUGUGCAUUUUAUUGAAACUGUCAUUAAAAUGUUGCAUCAAU